AUGGUCACUGGUGCCGAAGAUUGCAGAGACGUCCAGUGUGACGCCCCGCUGCCAGAAGCACGCGUCGCCGACGGCGUCCUCGAAGGCCGCCUUACGGUGCUCAACGCUUGUGUUCCACUCAUUUGUGAGGUUGAAGAAGAAGGCGAACAGGUCGUCUGGCGUCCGUGGCGGGCGGGUGAGGAGGCAUUCCAGGUAGCCGCAGAGCCUGGUGAGGGGCGACGAUGCGCCGCCGCAGAAGGCGCCGAGGACGUCCAUGAUGGCUCUGCCUGGGCACGCACGGGAGGCCAGCCUGGUAAUGUUGGAGAGGCCCAUGGGCGUCUUGCACGGCAGGCCGGGCGACGUAGUGUCACAGCCGGAGCACGUGACACAGGUGCCAUCUGCCGACACGUCAUGCGGCAGGAAGCCCACAAGGCCGUCCUCGAGGAACGACUGGAGCGGCGACUUGACGCCGCACUUGGGAUGGUGGUCACACUGUUGGUUACAUAUUUGGUUGUGUGUUUGGUUGCACUGUUGGUCACACAUUUGGUUGGCACACAGCAUGGUGUUGCACCUCCACGCUGA